CAUUGAUCGAGUCUGUCAUGUAUAGAAUGUGCAAAUGUGAGGUUACAGCAAUCCACAUAAACUUGUUUUUUAAUAUUUAGGAAUUUAGAAGUACUUUAUAACAUUUAUAAUUGAAUAAGAAUAAAAAAAAAUGGUUUUUUACUUCGAAAGUAACGUAGUUUCACCCCCUGCUAUUCUUUUUAUGGGUAUUGACAAGUACGAAAACGAAGAUCUGAUUAAAUGGGGAUGGCCAGAAGAUGUUUGGUUUCAUGUAGACAAAGUAUCAUCGGCACAUGUGUACUUGAGAUUACGACAAGGUCAAACAAUUGAUGAUAUUCCAACAUCUGUACUGGAAGACGCAGCUCAGCUAGUUAAAGCUAACAGCAUUACAGGAAACAAAAUGAACGACAUUGAUGUGGUUUACACUAUGUGGUCUAAUUUGAAAAAGACACCUGCCAUGGAAGUAGGGCAAGUUGGUUUCCAUAAAGACAAAGAAGUGCGGAAAAUUAAAGUGGCAAAACGAAUUAAUGAAAUUGUUAAUAGACUGAAUAAGACAAAAAAAGAGGAGCAUCCAGAUUUUCGCAGUGAAAGAGAGAAAAGAGAUAGAUUAGAAAGAGAGGAUAAAAAGAAAUUACUAAGGGAACAAAAAGAAAGGGAGAAAGAAGAUGAAAAACGGAAAAAAGAAGAAACAGAGUUAAAAAGUUACAAUUCCCUAAUGAGCUCAGAAAAUAUGUCCAAGUAUGAUGAUGGUAAUGAUUCAGAUGAUUUCAUGUAACUUAACUCACAAGAAAACAGCAUGUAAAUACAAAAAUUAUUAAAAAUAAGUUUAUAAAAAAAUAAAACUAUACAUUAGUCA